ACAAUCUCACGGUUCCUAGUCAGAUUCGUUUCCGCUGUGCCAAGAUAGGAACUCCUUUUCUUAAUUUUAAAAAACUGGCUCCACCCUCCUUCCCCCACAUUGUUUAUUCAUAGAAUACUUGCAAUUUAAAAUUCUUUAGCAGCGCAUUAAGGGUUGAACAUACCUUGACGCAGCCAGUUUUUCCAUUUCUUGUUAAGCAUCUUAAGGGAACGAUCGUUUGAUCGAGGGAGGAGGAUGCUAAAGAAACACCUGUGUGCACAAACGGCAUUAUUUUGUUCUUUUUUAUGGCUGGGCGCUUGGGGUUAAUAGAUGCAAAUGACUGCCUUUGGAAUGGAUUAGCAAUGAGAUCCUGCUGUGUCGCACUGGGAACUAUGUCUAGUCACUUAUGAUGCAGCAUGUAAUGUGAGAAAAAAGAAUGUAUACAUGUAAGUGUAACUGGGUCACCAUGCUGUACAGUAGGAAAAAAAAAUUUUAUUGGGGAAAUAACAAUUUAAAAAAAGUUAAAAAAAAAAAGAGAAACACCUGUGUGUCAGAUCACAAAGUGAUAAUAAUAGAGCUUAGCAAGUGAACUUAACGGCGUUCUAGGGCCCAGCCUCUUGGAGACUGGCUGAGAUUUGAAUGGAGACAGGGCUGGAGAAAGGGCUUGUCCUCUUUCUUACAGAUGGGGCUGUGGAGGCUCAGAGAGGCAAAGUGGUACACUUAGGGUCGCACCAUUAGCUGCUGACCAAACCCGUGGCUUGGCCUGCCUCCUCACACCUCUCCUCUCACUAGCUCAGAAGCCUGGUAAGGAAUGUCUAAGACUAGGAUUCACAGAAGCCUGGUAUUAGAAAUGACUGCUUUCCAGAGAAAGAACAGGCCCCAAACAGACACUGCAGCCAAGAGCUCACUGGUGUGAUACCUGGGAAUGACGGAAACAUGUCAAGGCCACCUGGACAAAACCACUCAGGGCCUGGAGCCCCUUCACUCUUAAGCGGAUUUCUGGAUAUGACAUAAGCUCAGAGGAGUGAUGAUUUGACCCUUAGGUGCUUGCUCCAUCUGGUGCCCUGUAGCCUUACUCAGGAAAAUUCUCUUGUAGAAACCCAAUUCAGAAUCAUCUCCAAGGGCUACCUCUUAUAGUUCUAACAGGUAACCUUGAAAUGUCCCCAUGAUUUCAUAACCUGGGGGUACCCAGGCUACAUGCCGAGUGGAAAUUCUGGAGCUCUGAGUCCUGAUCCUGAGUUUGGACUGAAAAAUUUGUUUGUUUGUUUGUUUUUCCAGUGACUUUUUCUUUUUUUGCUUUUUGGGGUUGCACCUGUGGCAUAUGGAGGUUCCCAGGCAACGCUGGAUUCUUAACCCACUAAGCAAGGCCAGGGAUUGAAUCCCCAUCCUCAUGGAUUCUAGUCAGGUUCAUUAUGACUGAGCCACAACAGGAACUCCCCAGUGACUUUUUUUUUAAUUUUAAUUUUUAUUAUUAUUAAUUUUUUUGUCUUUUUGCCUUUUCUAGGGCCACUCCCGCGGCAUAUGGAGGUUCCCAGGCUAAGGGUCUAAUUGGAGCUGUAGCUGACUUUUUUCUUUUAAAUCUUUUUUUUUCUUCUCAUUUUUAAAAACUAUGGUUGAUUUACAAUGUUUCUUCAAUUUCUGUUAUACAGCAAAGUGACCCAAUCACACACACACAGUUCCCUGUGCUGUGCAGUAGAGCCCCAUGAGAACUUUUGAUAAAACACAAUGGCUAAUCACAAAUCUUGGGUCUCUCUUGCCCUAAAUGUGACCUGCAAAUGUCAAAACUACCAACCAACAGGCCAAAAAAAUAAGGAAAUAAGGAAAAAAGGAGUUCCCGGGUGGCCUAGUAGGUUAAGGAUCCAGUGUUGUCACUCCUGUGGCUCUGGUCACUGCUGUGGUGCGGGUUUUAAUCCCUGACCAGGGAACUUCCAAGUACUGUGGGCAUGUAGGCAUGACCAAAAAACUACCAACCAACAAUUAUAAAACCUUUUUCUUCCUCCCUCCCUCUCGCUCUUUCUUUCUUUCUCUCUCUCUCUCUCUUUCUCUUUCUUUCUUUCUUUCUUUCUUUCUUUCUUUCUUUCUUUCUUUCUUUCUUUCUUUCUUUCUUUCUUUCUUUCUCUGCCUUGUAGCAUAUUGAAUUGAAUUCCCAGGCCAGGGAUCAAAUCUGAGCCACAGCUGCAGCAACACAGGAUCCUUAACCCAUUGUGCCAGGCGCGGGAUUGAACCUGUGCCCCAGAGCUCCUGAGAUGACACUGAUCCCGUUGUACCACAGCAGGAACGCCUCAGAAAGCAUUUCUGAUUUUCUGUGCUCUGGCAGGUUUUGGGGCACAAGAACGAGCAGGAAGCAAGAAGGUCUCUGCCCCGAAGGAACUUGUAGACCAGCAGGAUAACAAACCAACCUAGAGCACCUCCUCUGUGAUGCUUUCCCACACUCUUUGGGAAGACUUAGGAGAUCCCAAUCCUUGGGUCCCUGGGACCGUGAUCAGUCUUCUGCAGCCUUUGUAUUGUUUCUGUGCUCUGUUCUGAGGUCUCCUGACCCUUUGGACAGUGAGUUCUUAGAGGAUAGGGGCUGUAUCUUACUCAACUCUCUAUUCCCUGUGCCUGGUGUUAGUAGGUGGCCCUACAAAUACUUUUCUUAAAAGGGAGGUACAGAUCAUGGACCGUGUCCUGAGAAAACAGAGCAGGGAAAAAUACAUGUGAUGUGAUGCAAAUGAAGCAGUUCGUUCAGCUUGAGGUUUUGAGGUAGCCUGACAAAGGAAGAAAAGUGUUUGAGCCAGGGUUUGGAAGAUAGGUACGAGUUUCUGGGGGCUGUUUGGAGAGAAGUGAUGGUGUGUCCGUUCUGCCUAUAUUGUGUGAGCCUCUCCCGGGCACCUGGCACCUUCCCUGAAGGAGAUUCACAGCUUUGAUUGGUCUGCACAUUUCUCUUAGACACUCCAGGCGUCUGUUUAUUGCUGCAUCAGUCCUCAGCUAGUUCUUAACAACCGCUUUCUAGUGGUGUGUGUUAAGGUUGAAAAAUACACAGAAAUGCAAGGCAGGGGCAUUUCUUGUCCAAACCAUUUCAGGCGAGCUUUAUAUGAGUUCCAAGGAAUGUGUGGGAGCAGAGAUGUCACUCUGAUCCAUGUAUUUCUGCCUGGGGGGAGUAUGCCUGAAACUUCUUUAGGAAGGAGGGGUGUACCUCUGAACAUGAUCUGUUAUAACACCUGUAAGGAUAUUGUUGCCUCCAAAGGCUCUUUUCCUUUGGGGCUUCUUUUCUACCAAAUGACAAAAUGUAUUUAUUAAUUACACUAAUUAGCAUCUAUUCCUCGCUGCCAGAAUGUAAUCUCCAUGAAGGCAGGGAUCUUUGUUUUGUCGCUGAAACAGCCCAAGUGCCUGGAGCAAUGUGUGACCUAGACUAGGUGCUCAUUGAAUAGUGAUAUGAAUGAAUACAUUGAAUAUUCAAUAAACAAAUGAAUGAAUACUUCUGCCCCAGAUCUGAGCCUAAGUAAAGGCAAGGACAGUUGUCCUUGAGAUUGGGGUGGGGGGCGCGGUCGCUAGUAUUUCCUCCAGGGAGCUGGACUCUGGCACAUGCCGCCUCCUUUCCAGGGGCUGGGCUGGUUUGGGCUGCCCCAUGGCUAUCAUGACUAUAUAUAUCCAAGCAACAGAAAAGCUGGUGUCCCAAAGUCAUUGGCGUGGCUGUUGUUGAAAUGUGUUCUUUAUCACAGGAGGUAGCUGUGAGGUAGCCCCAAAGAGCCCUGUGUCGGGAGAUUAGGGUUCAAAUCCCAGAUUUGUCCAUUUCCACCUCUGUGAUGGAUGGUCACUCAUUAGCCCUCCCUGUGCCUUAGUCUCCCCACCUAUCAAAUGGGAACGAUAACCCCCUCCGGACAGCGUGCCUGGCACGGCACCUCAGGCCACUGUGAAGACCCCCUGAAGGGCUGGCAGUGUGGGUGGGUUCCGUGAGCCUGGUUCCCAGCCAGGUUUCUGGUUCCUGGCUCUGUCCAGGAAAAGAUCCAGCAACGCCCCGUGAGUUCUGUUAGGGAGGAUCGUGCAGCAGCCCCCACUCCAGACCCAAAUCCCCAGUAAGUCAGGAAGAUGUAUGUGUUUUAAAACAUUGGGAGGUCUGCGUUGGAUCACCCUGGAGCCGCGGCUUCCCGGAGCAGCUGAGAGUGGAGGGAGGCAGUUCCUCUGCCAGGACCUUUCCCGGCUGGUGUCCCACAAGGCGCUGCCUUCACUGGCUUUGGCGGCCGUUGACUUUUAAAUCAUAAAAAGCCGCUCUAUAUACAGUUUACACUGUUGCUGGAAGGCGGCAGAACAUAGGUAUUUAAAAAAAAAAAAAAAAAAGGAAAGAAAGGAGCAGAAGAAGCAGCCGUUAAUCCCGCCAGGCUUCUGGGCACUGGAGCAGUUGCGGAUGACAAAAGUUAAUUAGAAACAUGAGCAGUUUAACCGAAAACACUUGUGACAAUUGGAAGGCCAGCCUCUCCAGUUGGAGAAGUUUUCCUAGGGAAUCCUUACGGGAGAAAGUGGCUGCUGCUGGAGCCAUUGGCGAGCCCCGCCUCCUCUCACCCCGGAAUGAGCGAAGAUGCACCUGCCGCUUUGGAGGGCAGCGGCUUCGGCCCUGCUAGUGGCGGUGCCUCCUCGGCCAUCCCCCAGCCCGGCGCGGCUGCCAAGCCCUGGCGCAGCAAGUCGGUCAGCGUGAAGCACAGCGCCACCGCCGCCACACUCUCAGUCAAGCCGCCGCCAUCCGAGUCCCCCAGGCCCGCCCCCGAAGCCAUGAAGCCAGCCCCCAACAAUCAGAGGUCCAUGCUGGAAAAACUGAAACUUUUCAAUAGCAAGGGGGCAUCCAAGGCGGGCGAGGGCCCAGGGUCCCGGGACACGAGCUGCGAACGGCUGGAGAUUCUGCCCAGCUUUGAAGAGAGCGAAGAGAUGGAAGCUGGUGGCCGCCCGCUGUCCGCGGCGGGCCCCACCUCCAACAGCCCCAAGAUUGCGCUCAAGGGCAUCGCCCAGAGAACGUUCAGCCGGGCGCUGACCAACAAGAAAAGUUCUCCAAAAGGCAGCGAGAAGGAAAAGGAGAAGCAACAGCGGGAGAAGGAAAAGGAGAAAAGCAAGGACCUCGCCAAGCGAGCCUCAGUGACGGAGAGGCCAGACCCAAAAGAGGGGCCGAGGGAAGACUCCAGUGGGGCAGCUGUGACCGAGAUGCCAAAAAAGUCCUCCAAGAUCGCCAGCUUCAUCCCCAAAGGGGGGAAGCUCAACAGUGCCAAGAAGGAGGCGGCAGCCCCUUCCCACAGUGGAAUACCAAAACCAGGGAUGAAGAGCAUGCCCGGAAAGUCCCCAAGUGCCCCUGUGCCUUCCCGGGAGGGGGAGCGCAGCCGGGGUGGGAAGCCCAGCUCGGGGCUCCCCCAGCAGAAGCCCCAGCUGGAUGGCAGGCACUCCAGUUCCUCCUCCAGCCUGGCAUCCUCGGAAGGAAAAGGCCCGGGAGGGACCACCCUGAACCACAGCAUCAGCAGCCAGACUGUCAGUGGGUCCGUCGGGACCACCCAGACCACAGGAAGCAAUACUGUCAGUGUCCAGCUACCUCAGCCCCAGCAGCAAUACAGCCACCCCAACACUGCCACGGUGGCGCCUUUCCUGUACAGGUCCCAGACAGACACCGAAGGGAAUGUCACUGCCGAGUCCAGCUCAGGGGGUGUGACCGUGGAGCCCAGCCACUACACCAAGAGUGGACAGCCUGCUCUGGAGGAACUCACUGGGGAGGACCCCGAGGCUCGGCGACUUCGGACGGUGAAGAACAUCGCUGACCUGCGGCAGAAUUUGGAGGAGACCAUGUCCAGUUUGCGAGGCACUCAGGUUACACACAGCACAUUGGAAACCACGUUUGACACCAACGUCACCACGGAGAUAAGCGGGCGCAGCAUCCUCAGCCUGACAGGCAGGCCCACUCCCCUGUCCUGGAGGCUCGGCCAGUCCAGCCCUCGGCUCCAGGCGGGAGACGCCCCCUCCAUGGGCAAUGGGUACCCGCCGCGGGCCAACGCCAGCCGCUUCAUCAACGCCGAGUCCGGCCGCUAUGUGUACUCUGCCCCCCUGCGGAGGCAGCUGGCCUCCAGGGGCAGCAGCGUCUGCCACGUGGAUGUCUCAGACAAGGCGGGAGACGAGCUGGACCUGGAGAGCAUCGGCGUGGACGCCCCUGGCUACAUGAGCGACGGGGACGUUCUGAGCAAGAACAUCCGGGCAGACGACAUCACGAGCGGGUACAUGACUGAUGGUGGACUUGGCCUCUACACCCGCCGCCUGAACCGGCUCCCUGAUGGGAUGGCUGUGGUGCGGGAGACCCUGCAAAGAAACACCUCCCUGGGCCUCGGAGAUGCUGACAGCUGGGAUGACAGCAGCUCCGUCAGCAGCGGGAUCAGCGACACCAUUGACAACUUGAGCACGGAUGACAUCAACACCAGCUCUUCCAUCAGCUCCUAUGCCAACACGCCUGCCUCCUCGCGCAAGAACCUGGAUGUACAGACUGACGCCGAGAAGCACUCGCAGGUGGAGAGGAAUUCCCUGUGGUCGGGCGAUGAUGUCAAGAAGUCAGACGGAGGGUCAGACAGCGGCAUAAAGAUGGAGCCGGGGUCCAAGUGGAGGCGGAAUCCCUCUGACGUGUCUGACGAGUCCGACAAAAGUACGUCCGGCAAGAAGAACCCCGUCAUCUCGCAGACGGGCUCGUGGCGGCGGGGCAUGACAGCUCAGGUGGGCAUCACCAUGCCAAGGACGAAGCCGGCGGCCCCGGCAGGCACACUCAAGACCCCGGGAACUGGAAAAACCGACGAUGCAAAGGUGUCUGAGAAAGGAAGGCUGUCGCCUAAAGCCUCCCAGGUGAAGCGCUCCCCAUCUGAUGCCGGCCGCAGCAGUGGUGACGAAUCUAAGAAGCCCCUGCCCAGCAGCUCUAGGACACCCACCGCCAACACCAACAGCUUUGGGUUCAAGAAGCAGAGUGGCUCCGCCGCUGGCCUGGCCAUGAUCACAGCCAGCGGAGCCACCGUCACCAGCAGGUCAGCCACACUGGGCAAAAUCCCAAAGUCGUCUGCACUUGUUGGUCGGUCCACCGGUCGGAAGACAAGCAUGGAUGGGGCUCAGAAUCAGGACGAUGGGUAUCUGUCUCUCAGUGCCCGGACAAACUUGCAGUACCGAAGUUUGCCAAGGCCCAGUAAGUCCACCAGCCGGAACGGGGCUGGGAACAGGUCUAGUACCAGCAGCAUCGAUUCCAACAUCAGCAGCAAGUCAGCAGGCCUGCCGGUGCCCAAGCUGAGGGAACCUUCCAAAACAGCACUAGGCAGCUCUCUGCCCGGUCUGGUCAACCAGACUGAUAAGGAGAAAGGCAUCUCAUCCGACAAUGAGAGCGUGGCUUCCUGUAACUCAGUGAAGGUGACCCCAGCAGCCCAGCCGGUGUCCAGCGCGGCUCAGGCCACUCUCCAGCCAGGGGCCAAGUACCCCGAUGUGGCCUCUCCCACGCUUCGCAGACUCUUUGGUGGGAAGCCUGCCAAGCAAGUGCCCAUCGCCACAGCCGAAAACAUGAAAAACUCAGUGGUCAUCUCCAACCCUCAUGCCACCUUGAGCCAGCCAGGUAACUUAGAGUCCCCCUCGGGCAGCGGCGUCCUGAGCAGCGGGAGCAGCAGCCCUCUCUACAGUAAGAAUGUGGACAGCACCCAGUCCCCUCUAGCCUCCAGCCCCAGUUCCGCCCACUCGGGCCCCUCCAACAGCCUCACCUGGGGCACCAACGCCAGCAGCUCCUCGGCCGUCAGCAAGGAUGGCCUGGGCUUCCAGUCGGUCAGCAGCCUCCACACCAGCUGCGAGUCCAUUGACAUCUCCCUCGGCAGCGGAGGGGCACUGAGUCACAACUCCUCCACCGGCCUCCUCGCCUCCUCCAAGGACGAUGCCCUUACCCCCUUUGUCAGAACCAACAGUGUGAAGACCACACUGUCUGAAAGCCCUCUCUCUUCCCCUGCCGCUAGCCCUAAGUUCUGCAGAAGUACUCUGCCCAGGAAACAGGACAGUGACCCGCACCUUGAUAGGAAUACUUUGCCUAAAAAAGGACUCAGGUAUACCCCCACCUCCCAGCUUCGCACGCAAGAAGACGCGAAAGAAUGGUUACGGUCCCGCUCUGCAGGAGGCCUGCAGGACACCGCCGCCAAUUCUCCCUUCUCCUCUGGCUCCAGUGUAACUUCUCCCUCCGGAACAAGAUUCAACUUUUCUCAGCUCGCGAGUCCCACCACCGUCACCCAGAUGAGCUUGUCCAACCCAACCAUGCUGAGGACCCACAGCCUCUCCAAUGCCGACGGGCAGUAUGACCCGUACACGGACAGCCGCUUCCGGAAUAGCUCCAUGUCCCUGGAUGAGAAGAGCAGAACCAUGAGCCGCUCGGGCUCAUUCCGGGAUGGGUUUGAAGAAGUUCAUGGAUCUUCACUCUCCUUGGUUUCCAGCACGUCGUCAAUUUAUUCUACACCAGAAGAAAAAUGCCAGUCGGAGAUUCGCAAACUCCGGCGGGAGCUGGAUGCCUCCCAGGAAAAGGUUUCGGCUUUGACCACCCAGCUAACAGCAAAUGCUCACCUUGUGGCAGCCUUUGAACAGAGUCUUGGAAACAUGACCAUCCGGCUCCAGAGCUUAACCAUGACGGCGGAGCAGAAGGAUUCAGAACUGAAUGAGUUAAGAAAAACCAUUGAGCUGCUGAAGAAACAGAACGCAGCUGCCCAGGCUGCCAUUAAUGGCGUAAUUAACACCCCAGAGCUCAACUGCAAAGGAAACGGCACCUCCCAGCCCACGGACCUCCGCAUCCGCCGACAGCACUCCUCCGACAGCGUGUCCAGCAUCAACAGCGCCACCAGCCACUCCAGCGUGGGUAGCAACAUCGAGAGUGAUUCAAAGAAGAAGAAGAGAAAGAAUUGGGUCAAUGAGUUACGCAGCUCCUUCAAGCAAGCCUUUGGGAAGAAGAAGUCCCCCAAGUCGGCCUCCUCUCAUUCAGACAUUGAAGAGAUGACGGAUUCUUCUCUGCCCUCCUCGCCAAAGCUGCCCCACAACGGUUCCACGGGCUCCACACCCCUGCUGAGGAACUCUCACUCCAGUUCUCUCAUCUCGGAGUGCAUGGACAGCGAAGCCGAGACGGUCAUGCAGCUCCGAAACGAGCUGAGAGACAAGGAGAUGAAGCUGACCGACAUCCGCCUAGAAGCCCUCAGCUCUGCACACCAGCUCGACCAGCUCCGCGAGGCCAUGAACAGGAUGCAGAGUGAAAUAGAGAAGCUGAAAGCUGAGAAUGACCGGCUGAAGUCGGAGUCUCAAGGCAGCGGCUGCAGCCGGGCGCCCUCACAGGUGUCCCUCUCUGCCUCCCCGAGGCAGUCCAUGGGGUUGUCCCAGCACAGCCUGAACCUCGCUGAGUCCAGCAGCCUGGACAUGUUGCUGGAUGACACUGGUGAAUGCUCGGCUCGGAAGGAAGGAGGCAGGCAUGUUAAGAUAGUUGUCAGCUUUCAGGAGGAAAUGAAGUGGAAGGAGGAUUCCAGACCACACCUCUUUCUCAUUGGCUGCAUUGGCGUUAGUGGCAAGACGAAGUGGGAUGUGCUCGAUGGGGUGGUUAGACGGCUGUUCAAAGAGUACAUUGUUCACGUCGACCCAGUGAGUCAGCUGGGACUGAAUUCCGAUAGCGUCCUCGGCUACAGCAUUGGGGAGAUCAGGCGUAGCAGCACCUCUGAGACCCCCGAGCUUCUCCCCUGUGGCUACCUGGUCGGGGAGAACACAACCAUCUCAGUGGCCGUCAAAGGGCUCGCGGAAAACAGCCUGGACUCACUGGUGUUCGAGUCCCUGAUCCCCAAGCCCAUCCUGCAGCGCUAUGUCUCCCUGCUGGUGGAGCACCGGCGGAUCAUCCUCUCUGGGCCCAGCGGCACCGGCAAGACCUACCUGGCCAAUCGGCUCUCAGAGUACCUGGUGCUCCGGGAGGGACGGGAGCUGACAGAUGGGGUUAUUGCCACCUUCAAUGUGGACCACAAGUCCAGCAAGGAAUUGCGCCAGUACCUGUCCAACCUUGCUGACCAGUGUGCCAGCGAGAACAAUGCUGUGGACAUGCCUCUCGUCAUCAUCCUGGACAACCUGCAUCACGUCAGCUCCCUAGGCGAGAUCUUCAAUGGGCUGCUCAACUGCAAGGACCACAAAUGCCCUUACAUAAUUGGCACAAUGAACCAGGCUACCUCUUCUACUCCCAACUUGCAGCUUCAUCACAACUUCAGGUGGGUGCUUUGUGCCAACCACACGGAGCCCGUGAAGGGUUUCCUGGGCCGGUUCCUGAGGCGGAAGCUCAUGGAGACGGAGAUCAGUGGGCGGGUGCGGAACGUGGAGCUGGUGAAAAUCAUCGACUGGAUUCCCAAGGUCUGGCAUCACCUCAACCGCUUCCUGGAGGCUCACAGCUCCUCCGACGUCACCAUAGGUCCCCGGCUCUUCCUGUCAUGCCCCAUCGACGUGGAUGGUUCCAGGGUGUGGUUCACUGACCUAUGGAACUACUCAAUCAUCCCCUAUCUCCUGGAAGCCGUCAGAGAAGGACUCCAGCUCUAUGGAAGGCGGGCCCCCUGGGAGGACCCCGCCAAGUGGGUGAUGGACACCUACCCUUGGGCGGCCAGCCCACAGCAGCAUGAGUGGCCUCCCCUCCUGCAGCUCCGGCCCGAGGAUGUUGGCUUCGACGGCUACUCCAUGCCUCGGGAGGGGUCAACCAGCAAGCAGAUGCCCCCCAGCGACGCUGAAGGAGACCCGCUGAUGAACAUGCUGAUGAGGCUGCAGGAAGCAGCCAACUAUUCCAGCCCCCAGAGCUACGACAGCGACUCCAACAGCAACAGCCAUCACGACGACAUCCUGGACUCAUCCCUGGAGUCGACUCUGUGACGGGGGCCGGGCCACGGCGCCUGCCCUCCUCCCCACUCCACCCUCCCACCCUCUCCACCUGCAUCCUCUGCACCAUCCUGAAGAUGCCCUCCUGAGCCAGCCCCUGGCUGCGGCGUGAGCGCUGCAGGAAGACCCAGCCCCCCUCGUCCUCCAGCCCUGACCUGGGUGCGGGCAUCCCGGGCCAGCCGCCUCGGCCCACUCCCUUCCUCAGUGAGAACUGCACUAGCUUCUGUUUUAAUUAUUGUUUUGCCUUGUUGCUGUGACCUCCCUAAGACACUGAAAGAUACUUCUCGGGAAAGGAUCAUCACCGUUGAAAUAAAAGGGUGGAAAAAAAAAAAAAAGAAAAGAAAAGAAACCCACUUGAAGCUCCGAAGCCAAACAGCAUCCUGUCCAGAGACAGAAGAGACUAGGGCAAAGUUGGGAACGGAAACCACAGGCUUCCCUGGAGCACAGCUUCCUGCAGCCCAGGUCUUACAGCCUCCACCCCAUGUCCCGCCAUUGCCCCCCGACCCCGCCAGCCACACAGAGAUCUGGUGCAAGCAGGGGGCCCAGAGCUGCAUCCCAUGGAAGCCUUAGGAAAACCCGCGCUUUCUCUUUUUUUUUUAAAUGGUGCUCUCCUUCCCGAGCGGUACCUUGCCUGUUCCGGUUCACCCCCACCUUUCAGAUGCAUCAGCCUCCGGUUCAUCCAUGAGCGAGAGUGAAGGAGUGAGAAUGUGACCAAGCAGAAGUCGCUGUCACGGCAGAACAGCACGUGUCUGCGUCCCUCUCGUGUGUAAGCCAAUCCGGUCUUGUUCCUGCUCUAACACUGUGUCCAGUGAGAACUGGUCUACUUGGACGAACUGCUCACCCCUUUGAAAAUGAGGUUGAGUUUCUCCUCUUCUGACUUUUGAUUUUGAAGAUUUUUUUUCUCCCUCUCCCUCUGCCUCCCCUCAUGGUCAGAAAUCCAUCCUUUGGUGAACACGAGAGCCGCAGGAGUUGGGUUUGGGUUCGGUCCUGCUGAGUUUUCAUUUUCAAUUGCCCAUCCUCCCCGUUCUGCACACACGCCGCCUCCUGCUGGGGCUGGGGUCACUGUGUCCCUGGCUGGUGGACCAGGACCCCCCAUCCUCCGCCGGUGGGCGAGCGGGACCUUGCCUUUCCUCCUCGUCCCCAAGGCCGCAGGACACACGUCGCCACCUCCAGCGUGCCAGCCCCGACCUCAGGUGGGGUGUGAGGUCACCUCGCAAAACACUUGCACUUUCCCCAGAACCCACACGACAUCAUCCAAGUCGACGGGCGAGGCGGCCGCUCCCUUCCAGAAGCCCCGGCCUCCGUCGGACGAGUCGUGCCUGACCUCUUCGGUGCUGACCUUCCCAACGCGAUGCCUUACUGGUUUUGUACUCACCGUGUUCAUGGACGAGUGCCAUGCCUGCCUGGGGUCCAUUCUUCUCUUUUCCCCAUCAGAGCAAACAGGGCUAAAAUGUCACCUCCUCACGAGGAGAACUCAAGUUAAUGUGACUUCUCAUCCAAAAGACUCAUUUGUGUGGUUGCGUGACCGUGGGAAAGAGAAAAAAGGAAAACAUGCAUUUUUUUGUUUUUGUUUUUAGGUUUUUCUCAGUCUCCAGCUAACAACCUGACUGCACAGCCGUCUGUCUUGUGCAGGAAAAGGCAAAAGUCCCUACUGUCGUACACGCAUUGCAGAUCCAUGCUCUGCCAGUGUGUCUUCAGCACACUGGCAUUUUCUCUCCAGAGUGUGGUAAAUGUUUCUGUUUUAUAAAGGAAAUCGUUAUUGGACCCCCCCAUGGCGGGGGCAUCUCCGUUCCCGAUCAGGGCUUUUAUUCCAUUUCUUUGCAUUUCUGUUGCUGAAGCUCCCGCCUCCCCCGCCACGUCACUUCUUAUUUUCUCCCCACGAGCGCUCGACCUGAAACUGCUCACUUUACAUUGGAUUUUACGUUUUCUUCCUCCUGGAAAGGAAAAGGGGACAGUGUCCCCCUAACGGGUGAAAUGGAAACCCUCUCCACGCGCUCUGUUCUUGAAUCUUGGUAAACGCGGACUCUGUCCCACUAGGCCUUCCUUAGUCAUCUGGGUGCGUGGGUGUGUCUUGUCCUGUUCUGUUCUCCAUCAAGUGUGUGAAGCAUGUAUUCAGCCUGUGACCACGGGCCACACCCUGAGCCUUCUGGUAAACCUGAAGAGUGGUCCUUCUCAGUUUCUCUCCCGGCGAUGACCUUACACGCUCAUACUGUGAAUUUGGGAGGAGGUGAACUUGACGUCUCCUCCCGGGCAGUAUUCCCAGUCACCUUGUGAGUAGACACCUGCCAAUCUCUUUUGAACCUUUUUUUUUUUUUCCCCUCAAUAACACCCUCUUUUCUCUUUCUUUGUUAUCCCCCCAGUCCCACAGACUUCCCGCCCACUGGGACCAGGCUCCGGGCGGAGGCCUCUGUCCCCGGUGCUGCCUGACGAGUGAACAGUGGUUUCAAAGAGCGUAGGCUCGUUCCAUUCACAGCCCGUGUCCCUCCUGAAGUUUCAGGAAGCAGGGUUGUCUGAGGUGCACGUUUCUUCCUAUGGUCGUACUUUACUUUCGUGUCACUCACCUUUGACAAAGGGACUUUGUGCUCCUUUAGGGCUCUGUCCGAAAUGCUUCCAUUUUUGCCUUUUUCUACAGUUAGGCUAAUUUUGAAAUGUAUGAAAUUCUAUGCAACAUUUGUGUUGAGUUACUAAUGGAAGCCAAAAGUUUUCUUCCCAAACUGCCAAGAAUUUUACAGGCCAUCAUUGAAAGGGGAAUACCUUUUAAUUUAAGUGGGUGGGUGGGGUAGGGGUGGGACGAGGAACGAGACUUGCCUAGACCUUUGUUGUAUCCUGGGGACAUUUUUUUAAUUUGAUUGUUGAUGCUUAAACUUCAGAAUUCUGUGUAUUCAAAUUUGAUCAUGGCGAAUCUACUUCAAAAGAAAAAAAAAUCCAACUUUGUGGAUAUGAAAUGGAAAGUUUGCUGUUUUGAUCUAGUUGUUUCCAGUGGAGCAGUUUAUGAAAUAUGUUCUAUAAGAUGUACAUUUUUUCAUUGUAACAUAGAAAUUGUAAAUAAUUGAUUAAAGUGCUGCAUUUUGAUGAAUUUUUUCUAGCCAUUUUUAAAGAGAAAACUAGGAAUUGAGUAUUUUGUGUACGGUAUGUUUCCCUCCCCCCGUCCCACCCUCCCUCCCUAUUUAAUUUUCAUUUGUCAUGAGGUUUUUGGAUUUGCCAGUGAUCUGCCGGAGAUCAUGCCCCACGUCAUAGAGAAUAAAGCUGAUGAUUGUACCAGUCUUAAAUUAUUCAUGAUUCAAUAAAAUUGAUGCUUAUUUAUUCAGA